AUGGUUUGCGCCGUUCCGCGCGGCACGUGGGUGCAGGUGGAGCUGGCGGUGGCGGAGCCUCCGCAUCAUCCGCUGCGGACCCUUCCCCUUCCGUUCUUUUACCCCCCUUCCCCACCCCUCCCCCCCAAUUUCCCCCUUCGCCCCCACCGGUUCCCCCCUUUCCCCCACUUCCCCCCAGUGGACCUUCCUUGCUCCAUUUCCUUUCGGGAGAAGCCCGUACCUCUCAGCCGUACGAUCUCCAUGAUCAACGGUGCACAUGCAGCCUGGAAAGACGCCCAUAGUGCUGCCUUCAUGCCACCUCAGCAGCCAGCUCAUCAAAAUCAGCAAGAUGGGAUGCUUCUAAGCCAACUGCGUGGGUCAGUGGAUCGCACACGUGGCGGCUCUGCGGAUUGCCACGUGGCAGGCAGCAGUGUGGUUUGCGUCCCACUUUCUGAACCGCACGGGGCGCAGGAGAUGGUUAGAAAGGCGGAGGAGGAGGAGGAGGAGGAGGAGGAGGAGGAGGAGGAGGAGGAGGAGGAGGAGGAGGAGGAGGAGGAGGAGGAGGAGGAGGAGGAGGGAGGAGAAGGGGAGGAGAGGGGGAGAGGGGGUGGAUUUCCUUUUAAAUUGCGGGGCAGUGGGAAGGAGGGAAAGGAGGGAAAGGAGGAAACGGAAGAGAAGGAGGAGGAGGAGAGAAAGGGGAACAGGGAGGGGAAGGAGGAGAGGAUGGAGGAGGAGCAAGGAGGGAGGAGUGGAAGGAGAGAGGGAGACGAAAAGGUGAUGCGGAUUGUCAAAAGUAACUCCAGUGGUGAGGAGAAACCGAAGAAAGGGAUGCUACGGAAGCUGUUUAAAAAGGGGACAAAACGAUUCGAUAAAUCCUUUGGUGAUAGUGAUGGUGAUAGUGAUAAGGUUGACAGUGGUGAGUAUGAGGAGGAGUGCUCAUAUAGCGAGGAGGAAGAGAGGGAGGAGGGAGUGAGAGCGGAGGGAGUGAGAGGGGAGAAGGACGAGAGGAAUAUGAACCAGCUGAUUCCCCCUUAUCUCGCCUCUCCUCCUCCCCUCUCUCUUCCCCUCUCGCCUCCCCUCUCGAUUCCCCUCUCUCCUCCCCUCUCGACUCCUCCCUCCUUUCCACUCUUCCCCAUUCCACUUGCUUUCGACCGGGUGCUCUCUCCCCUCCAUCCCCUCCCAUUGCCAAGGCUGAUAGCAGCAGCAGUCCCGUUAUUAGCACACUCAAUAGUGGCAGUGUAA